AUGUCUCUCUCAUCCUCUCCUACACAACCCAUCGUCCUUGCCAGCCCCGACCGGGUUGUUUUCAGGACCUUGCCUCAUCCUCUCGCUGCCACCAACAAGAGAGUGACCCUCUCUUUGAGACGAACAACCUCUGUACCUUCUGGUCAGCGCCUCUUUACUUAUGCUUCUGAAGACAGCCUUGCAGUGUCUGAGCCUGGAUCAGCACCACUCAAUGCUCAAAGCCCAAAUAUACCUCGACUUGAUUCAACUUCGUUCCAGUCUUCUAAUGCUAUCAGAGAUUCCAAUACCUCUCCAACUACCCCUGUCCCCUCUCCCGCCACUAUCAUCACUAAGAAUAGCGAUGACCAUCCAGCACCAAAAAUCAGCACCACCCCCCCUACCCCAACCUCUCCCACUCACAAGCAGGCUGUUCCUUUGCUUAAAAGCGGACUUCCCAUCAAGUCUGCUUUGAAGAGUUCUGUCGUGGCAGAUUCAAACAACAAUAGUUUAGCGAGACCCUCGCCUAUUCGCUUCCAUUCCACACCUAAUAUGUCUAGUCCAAAGUUCGUGCAUUUUAACACCCAGCUCGAACAUGUUCGUCUGUUCUUGCAAGGCGAAACACCCUCCUGCAUUGCUGACCGCGAGACUAUCAUUGAUGCUGGUCAAGAGGAACAGUCUACCAGCGAUAUUAAGCUUACCUUGACUAACUGGAGUCCUGUUGCUAAGGGUGCCUUCAAACCUGGCAAUAUUGAUGCUGGUGCCACUCCUCUAUGUGUUGAAAAUGUGGAGCUCUCUGAGGACCAAUCAGAACUCGUUGGCACCAUCCUAAUUCAAAACAUUGCUUUCCACAAGCAUGUUUCUGUACGUUACACGGCUGACUUUUGGCAGACUCAAUCAGAAGUCAAUGCAGAAUACAAGGAGUCCAUUCCUGGUGUAGCUGUUGACCGGUUUACAUUCAAAAUUGCCCUGGCUAUGGAGAAAUCCAUAGUGGAGAAGACCUUCUGCUUUGCAGUACGGUACCAAGUAAUUGGUCGGGAAUUUUGGGACAGUAACAAUGGAAUGAACUAUCAAGUUGAAUGCAAGCGCGUCGUCGUGACCGCACCCAAGCCCACAUCAUCUGAUCUCUCCAAGCAGAUGAAUAGCAUCCUCCUGGCUUCACAAAUCUCUGAUUAUAACAAGCCGGUUCUCAAGAAAAAGACAAAUAACCGCUACGAUUUGUCUACUUCGCUCUCUGCGGCCUAUAGCCAGCCUAUUAGCAUUCCCUCGCGUUAUACCUCCUCUAAAAUGGAUAUUCCCAACGUCAGCCAAACUGCCUAUCGACCGAGCGAAUACAUCGCUCCAAUCCAGUCACCUCCCGGAUAUCAGCAUUCACUUUAUGCAUCUUCGCCAAAGUUCGUGAACCCUUAUUUGGCGGCUGCUUCUCCUCCAGAGCAUUUCCACAUCGAAUUUGAUCAACCUGUUGUUUCCAAGAAGAACGGUUACAACUCGUGGUCCAGCCGAGAGAAUGAUUCGUCUGUUUCGAUUAAAUCUAUUCAAUCCGAAGCUGACCGACCUCAAGUUGGAUCAUCAAGCUAUGUUGAUCUUGUCGAUCGCUACUGCUUUUAUGAGUCGAGCCCUCAUUCAAAUUUCUACACCGGCUACUCAACCUCUCCUUCAACCCCAUUCAUCCGUGGCUAG